AUGGCUGACGAUCAUGAUGUUGAUAACACUGUAAUCCCUUCAUCUUCUGCAGAGGAAGACAGUCGCUCCCGUAACCAGUCGCCAAUGAUACGCAACUCCCGGAAGAGGAAGCAACCCGUUGAUCAAAUAUCUGAAUCCGAAAAACGAGAAGUUCAAGAGGAGUGCCAAGAAGAAACCGGUGUCGUUAAAAAGCUUUGGAGCGAAAAGGAUGAGAUUACACUACUUGAAACUUUGAAGCAAAUGAGUAACAAGUCUGAUAUGAACAUGUUAUAUGAGAUUGUAAAGCCGUAUUUGGAAGAAGAGUUUUCCGAAGACCAGGUGAGCGAAAAGGUCAGUUGGUUCAAGACUAAUUUCAUGAACAAUAAUUCAGAAGAUGCAUUGCAAGGAACUAGCAGCAGCCAUGAUGCCAAGAUUCGAGAGCUCUACAAAGAGAUUUGGGGUGAGAGUGAAACAGCAGUGGUUGGUCCUCGGGAUAUGACCAUAAAAGAGUUUCAGCCACACUAUCCACGAUUCAGUGCAAGUAUAGAAGAUCUGCCCCCGUAUAACAAAAUAUCAGACGAAGGGAAAGCUGUGAUAAUAGCUUGCAUGCUCCAUAUGCAGUCUCGAAUGGAGUAUGAAGAAAUCGAAGAUAAAUUGAUGAAAUACUGUGCAUGGCAGGUCGAGCGUGCCGAAAUACGUCUGCUGCUGAGUAAGAAACUUUCCGAGUUACUUCAAAAGGGCACAAGGGCUUAUCAUCGGAGACAUCAAGAUUAG